AUGGGCAGUAUCGACACACCCGGCAUUGAUGCUCUCUCAUCCUAUUCUAUCCCUUCGGAAUCCAAACGACUCCUGACCGAAGCAUUACUCAAUAAUCCCCAAAUCGCCAAAGACGUACCCAAAGAAGCCGCUGACUUCGCUUCUCGCAUCAUCUUCAAAGGUACAGAUCUGCCCUCGAUCCCUAUCAACUGGCGCUUCGCCGAGUCAGCCGCAUGCCUGAAAGCGUUUGAAGCAUGCAUUAUCUCCGCCCUGUUGAAGCGGAAAUACAGCGUCGACCUCACCGGUGCGGAGAUUAACACCGACCAUGCCCAGCUGUUCUUUAUGUCGACGCUGAUCUGGCAAAUCAAUCCGGGCACUGACGACGCCAUCUCACUGGGUAAGAACGUGGACAAACUCUACGAGUUGAUUCCCAACUACGACUUCCACAAGAUGACCUCCAGCUUGUUCCGGCACUGUGCGACGAAUAUCUAUCGCACCAAAGACGGGCGGUACUUCCACUUGCACGGCAGUAUGAACCCAAACCCGACACUCGAGAGCAUCGGAUUCCCUAUGGACAGACCUGAGCUAAAGACCUGGGACGAAGCUCUGACGCCGUUCAUCGAGAGACUUGCAACAAUCGAGUCAGCGGAGAUGCAACGCCUCGCGUCCGACGUGUACCGACAGGCUGGCGUCAUUGCAGAGACGGUCGACUCCUUCCGCGCCUCGGAGCACGGCAAAGCCAACGCGCACGUUGGACUGUUCGAAAUCUACCCCGUCCCGAACCCGGCUCAUAAGCCUUCUUGGUGGCCGUCGACGCCGCAGACAAGCGCAGCCAGACCGCUUGCGGGCCUCAAAGUCGUCGAUUUGACGCGCGUCAUCGCCGCACCGGCCGUGACGAGGGGCCUCGCCGAGCUCGGCGCCAGCGUCAUGCGCGUUACUAGCCCUCACAUCGUGGACUUCAGCAGCCUCCUCAUCGAUCUCAGCUGGGGGAAGUGGCAAUGUAGUGUGGACCUCAGGACCGAGGAGGGCAAGGAGAAACUAAAAGCCCUGAUCCGCGACGCCGACGUCGUCGUUCAAGGCUACAGGCCAGGUGUCCUGGAUAAACACGGCUUCAGCCAGGAGGCGAUCAUCAACCUGAUCCAGGACCGUGAGCGGGGCAUCAUCUCCGUCCGCGAGAACUGCUACGGCUGGCAUGGCCCUUGGAGCCAUCGGUCUGGAUGGCAGCAGAUCAGCGAUGCGUGCGUGGGUAUUUCCGCCGCGUUCGGCAAAGCGAUGGGUCUCAAGGAUAAUGAGGCCGUGACACCUGUGUUUCCUAAUAGUGACUAUAUGACGGGGAUUGCUGGUGUGACGGCGAUUCUAGCCGCACUGAUGCGACGGGCUGAGGAAGGUGGCAGUUACCAGGUCGACGUGGCGCUAAAUUACUAUAAUCAGUGGCUGGCGAAUUCGGUCGGCGAGUACCCCGAGGAUGUCUGGCAGGAUGUCUGGCAGAGAAAUGGAAAGCAGGUGUUCAGGUGCUACCAUAACAUGAACUACACAAUCCCUCAAUAUAUGGGAAUGAUCAUGAAAAACAGCAAGCUUUUCGAUCCGUCGUUCUUCGAGUAUCGCGAAAGCAAAGCUCUCGGCGUGGUCGUGCGGACUAUCAAACCAGUCAUCAAGUUUGUCAACGAUCAGGUCGUGCUCAGGUAUAAUGUGGGCACGAGGGGGAAUGGAAAGGAUGCACCGAGGUGGCCGGAGGAUUUGAUGACGGAGGUUGUACAGUAG